CAAAAGUUUGUAAAAGCAAAGUCCAAGUAGGUUCAGAUUCAGACUGGGUAUUUUGAUUUCAAUUUCUAAGAUAAGGUGUCAAAAUAUUGGAGAUAAAAGUACUUUAAUAAAGAUAGCCUGAGUCUUCACUCGAAACAAUUUUAGCUCUGUUUGAAAAAUGUCGCUGCUCAAAAUUCGCCGUUUCUCCUCGUCCUCGGUGGCCACGGCGGCCAUCAAGAACGUGACCGUCAUCGGCGGCGGCCUCAUGGGCUCGGGGGUGGCGCAGGUGGCCGCGCAGACGGGUCACAAGGUCACCCUGGUGGACUUGGACGGAAAGGUGUUGAGCAAGGCCAAGAACGGCAUCACCGCCAACCUGGGUCGCGUGGCCAAGAAGCAGUUCAAGGACGACCCCGCCCAAGGUGACAAGUUCGUGUCGCUGGCCCUGGCCAACCUGAGCACCAGCACGGACGUGGCUGAGGCGGUCAAGUCCGCCGACCUGGUGCUCGAGGCCAUCGUGGAGAACAUCAAGGUCAAGCACGAGUUGUUCCGCACCGUCGACGCCUUCGCCCCCAAGGACGCCAUCCUUGCGUCCAACACCUCCUCCCUGUCCAUCGAGGAAAUCUCCUCAGCCGCCCCCAAGAGAAAGGAAAAAUUCGGCGGUUUGCACUUUUUCAACCCAGUGCCCGUGAUGCGCCUUCUGGAGGUCAUUCGCACCCCUCACACCUCCGAGGAGACCUACAAGGCCAUGAUGGAGUGGGGCAAGGCCCUGGGAAAGGUGCCCAUCACCUGCAGGGACACGCCAGGCUUCGUGGUAAACCGACUUUUGGUGCCUUACCUGGCCGAGGCCGUCCGCCUGGUCGAAAGGGGCGACGCCUCAGCCAAGGACGUCGACAUUGCCAUGAAGCUCGGAGCUGGUUAUCCCAUGGGACCCUUUGAACUUGCAGACUACGUCGGUCUGGACACCAAUAAAUUCAUCCUCGAUGGCUGGGCCAAAAAGUUCCCCGACGAGCCGCUCUUCAAGCCGAUCCAGAUGAUCAACGAAAAGGUGGCUCAGGGCAAGUUUGGAGUGAAAUCGGGCGAAGGAUUUUAUGUCUAUAAAAAAUAAAAAGUGCAAUUUAAAUAUAAAUCGGUUUCUUUCUAACAAAUUACGGAUUCAGCAAAAGGAAAUGAAUUCAGGUGAAAAACUUUCCUCUUUUCUUGAUCGCGCUUUUCGAUUUUUAAAAGCAAAGUCUGGUAGGUGCAUCGAUUGGGAUCGCGGUUUGUGCGCCACUUUCGAGCGCGCCUUUGUUUCCUCGCCCGCAUGCGGCACCAAAGUGUUAAAAACCCUUUUGCCUCACGCUCUCUCCAUCAUUCACAAUGAGAGGCUCAAACUGUCUGGUGCUCAUCCUCGUAAGCACAAAUUCUCCACUUAUUUUUACUAAUUAUUCACUAAUUCAAUAUAAAUUUUUCUAUUUAAAGAGGUUCUCCAUGUUCAUUUUUGUAUUCCUCAAUGUCAAAGCAGACCAAAUUUCAUGACCCAAAGUUGAAAUAACUUAAGAAAAUUUGCGCCCGCAAGUUUCAAAACAGGGUUUUAUCAGCAGUUCAACUACUAUU